UAUCUCCCGAGUGACCCCAGUCAAUCAGCUUCCUGGUAAUUUCACUUAAAUUCAGAGCCACACUUGGUAACGGCUCAUGGAGCAGAUUUGACGCCCCAAACAGCAGCGCUGGACUCUCUGUGCUAACACAUCUGGGGAGUCCCACCAUGCUGUUACUAGUCAAGGUCAUCCUCACCCUGUGGGUCUCCUGGGCUCGAGGACAAGAUAAGCCCUGUGACUUUCCAGAAAUAAAACAUGGAAGCCUACAUUGGGGAGACUGGUAUAGAUCACAAUUCCCAGUAUUGGCAGGACAAUGGUAUCACUAUUCCUGUGAUGACAACUAUGUGACUCUUUCACAAAGCAAGUGGGAUCGCUUGACUUGCACACGUGAUGGCUGGACCCCGGAAGUGCCCUGCCGCAGAAAAUGCAUUUUCAAUUAUUUGGAAAAUGGACAUCGUCCACGAUAUGAACAAAGCUACUUGCAGGGCACAUCUGUAAAUGUUAGUUGUUAUCCUGGCUACACGCUUCAAAACAAUCAGACCUCAAUGACCUGUACGGAGAAUGGCUGGCUCCCUCCUCCCAGAUGCAUCGGUAAGAAGACUGGUCUAAGAUCCAGUCUGUUUGUGACUGUCUAAGACUCGCCUGUAAUAACUGUGGCAAAGGGUUUCUAUCAGUGUCUUAUUUUGCCAAUGGCCCUACUUUUUUUUUCAAGUGUAUAUGAGUGAAAAUGCCAAUUUCUUGAUGUAUCAAUAGCAAAAUGAAGAAGCCUAUUGGUUGACAUUAAUUUAAAAAAAUACAAAACAGGAAAAGACCCCAAAGAGCAAACCU